CUAAAAGACACAUGGGGAAACACUUGCUGCACAGAGCUCCAGUCGUCCUGCUCCAGCCCGCCGAGGAGAGCAGAAGAGAGCACGGCUUCGCAUGCAGUCCAGUCCUGGAGCCACCAUGCACGUUUGUUGCCACCCACGGGAGAUUUUUUACACUUGAUGCUCGUUUUUUUUUUAAUUUUUUUUUUUAAUUUUUCAUUUUCUGUGUGAGUGUGGUGGUUUUUUUUUUUUUGAUUAGCUUGCCUUGUUUGUGAGGGGGUGCAAGGACACUACACAGAGCAUCCUCUGUUCACACGCACCAUCCUCCUCCUACUCCUCCGCCUCCUCCUCCUCCUCCUCCUCCUCAUCCUCUCGGAAAGAAAGGACCUUCAGGAUCUUCUCCUGCAGCAGGAGCAGACAUGGAUCUAUGGCUCGACUCGAUGCGGAUUUUCCGGUGGAGGGUUUUCUUCCUGCUCAGCCUCCUUUUCCGGGACCACCUGAGCUCCAUGCUGGACUGCCCGCCGACCUGCAGCUGCUCGCAGACCGAGAUCUAUUGCAAUAAGUCGGACAGCGGCAGGUUCUUCCCGCUGCUCGCCGUGCAGGACACCGGCGGCAACGGCACCGGCGUGGACAUAGCGGACCUGUUCAAGAACAUCACGUCCAUACACAUCGAGAACUGGACUGGGUUGCAGACUCUACGAGACGUGGACAUGGAGCUCUACACCGGACUGCAGAGACUAACCAUCAUGAACUGCAACCUGAAGGUGAUCCAGGCUCGGGCCUUUGCUCAGAAUCCGCACCUCCGCUACAUAAACCUGUCCAAGAACCCUCUCAGCACGCUGUCCUGGCAGCUCUUCCAGCACCUUCAACUCUCCGAGCUGCGACUGGACGGUGUGGUGUUCGACUGCGGCUGCGACAUCCGCUGGAUCCAGCUAUGGCAGGAGCGAGGGGAGGCGGGCCUUCACACGCAGCAGCUCUACUGCAGGAACGGAGCCUCCAAGAUGAGGCUGCACAACAUGUACAUACACAACUGUGACUUGCCAGAGAUCAGCGUGAGCCACAGCAGCGUCCUGGUGAUGGAAGGCGACAACGUGACAGUGAGCUGUAAUGGAUCGGGAUCGCCGCUGCCUGAAGUGGACUGGAAUGUCGGCGACCUGCACUCCAUCAACACGCAUCUGUCGAACGUGUACUGGCCCAACAUCCACUCCAUCAACCUGACGCUCUUCAACGUCAGCCGAGACGACAACAACUACCAGCUGACCUGCAUCGCCGAGAACGUGGUGGGCAUGACCAACGCCUCCAUCCAGGUCAACGUCCAAUUUCCUCCCAUCAUCCUGAGACUAGCCGAGCCCGAGCAGCGCCACGACACUUGCAUCGAGUUCACGGUGCGCGGUUACCCCCACCCCAAGCUGCGCUGGUUCCACAAGAACAAGGAGAUCCUCCACAACCAGUACAUCCGUACCGAAAUGGACUUUUACCAGGACUACCUGGAAGGCUGCCUGACGUUCCAGAACCCCACGCACAUCAACAACGGAAACUACACCCUGGAAGCUAGCAAUGCUCUGGGAACGGUUAACAAGACGGUGUACGGUCACUUCCUCAUGGCGCCGGGCAUCGAUGACGAAGACGUGGUGGAACUGGUCCCUUCGGCACCGACAGACUCUGAUUCGGGACGCCCAGACGAGGACACGUUCGGGGUUUCCAUCGCCGUGGGUUUGGCGGGUUUCGCCUGCGUCCUCCUCCUGGUUCUUUUCGUCCUCAUCAACAAGUACGGGAGACGCUCCAAAUUCGGAAUGAAAGGUCCGGUGGCUGUGAUCAGCGGCGAGGAAGACUCGGCCAGCCCUCUCCACCACGUCAACCACGGGAUCAUAACGCCCUGCACGCUGGACGCGGGGCCGGACGCCGUCGUCAUUGGGAUGACUCGGAUCCCGGUGGUGGAGAACCCGCAGUAUUUCCGACACGGACACAACUGCAACAAGCCGGCCACUCUGGUCCAGCAUAUCAAGCGCAGAGACAUCAUCCUGAAACGGGAACUCGGAGAAGGAGCCUUUGGGAAAGUCUUCCUGGCCGAGUGUUACAACCUGAGUCCCACCAAGGACAAGAUGCUGGUGGCGGUCAAGACGCUGAAGGACCCCAACCUGUCGGCGAGAAAGGACUUCCAGAGGGAGGCGGAGCUUCUGACCAACCUGCAGCACGACCACAUCGUCAAGUUCUACGGCGUGUGCGUGGACGGCGACCCGCUCAUCAUGGUCUUUGAGUACAUGAAGCACGGAGACCUCAACAAGUUCCUCAGAGCCCACGGCCCGGACGCCAUGAUCCUGGUGGACGGCCAGCCGCUGCAGUCCAACGGAGAGCUGGGCCUGUCCCAGAUGCUGCACAUCGCCUCCCAGAUAGCCUCGGGCAUGGUCUACCUGGCCUCGCAGCAUUUUGUCCACAGAGACCUGGCCACCCGCAACUGCCUGGUGGGUAACGGUCUGCUGGUCAAGAUCGGAGACUUCGGCAUGUCCAGGGACAUCUACAGCAGCGACUACUACAGGGUCGGAGGACACACCAUGCUACCCAUUCGCUGGAUGCCCCCCGAGAGCAUCAUGUACAGGAAGUUCUCCACGGAGAGCGACGUCUGGAGCUUCGGUGUCAUCUUGUGGGAGAUCUUCACGUACGGGAAGCAGCCCUGGUUCCAGCUGGGCAACAACGAGGUCAUCGAAUGCAUCACGCAGGGCCGCGUCCUGGACCGCCCUCGCAUCUGCCCCAAGGAGGUCUACGACAUCAUGCUGGGCUGCUGGCAGAGAGAGCCCCAGCAGCGACUCAACAUCAAGGACAUCCAGAAGGUUCUGUUCGCCAUGGGGAAGGCCACGCCCGUCUACCUGGACAUCCUGGGCUAGGCCCCGCCCACACAGGAAGAAGAGUCAAACACAACCUGCUCCACUGUUGAAAGAAACAACAAGGUUUUUUUUGGGAAGGACUUAAGUGCCUGCAACACUUUUGGAUAUAGUGGAUAUAAAACAUAUGAAAAAAAUAACUUUUACAUUUUGUUUACUUAUGAGCGUAUGAGCUGUACAGGUUUCAAGACUUGCCCCCCCUCCCUCAUAUUUGCCCCCUACCCCAGGUGAAAUAUCGAGAUGGGCGACAGGAAAAAGGGCCACAGUUUGCUACCGACGACAACACAGCUAGAAUCUCCCCCAAGCUUUGGUUUUAUGAAUAUAUAUAGAAAUAUGACAUAUAUUUUAUAUUUAUUUCCUGCCGUGUGUUAAGGACUGGUCCUCGCCCGAGACGCCAAAAAAACAAACUUUUGGCAGGGACUCCAGGAUGGAAGCCUUACUUGCACUCUCGGAACGCCCAAUUAACGCUUGGAAGCAGGAGGAGAGGACCUAGCCAAUCAGACAAGUGACAAAUCUAUUUUAAUUUCUAAGAAAAAAAUACAAAAAAAAAAUGACAAGAUUGUACAUAUUGUAAAGUUCUAUGUGUCAAAAGUUAUGUUAACUUAUUUUUUUCCUCCCCCCCUCGCCGACACUUUUUCAUUCCCGACUGUGAUGUCUAGGUUGGAUUUCCACGCGGUUAAACCACAUUUUUCCACGCUAGCACACGACGGCGCUCCAGCGGCUUUUUUCCCACUCCGGAAAACUAAAGCUUUUUUUUUUUUUUCAUUUUCAGUACGCAUUUUUUGUCAUAUAUGUUUUGUUUUUUUUUCCCUCCCCACCUGGAAAUAGAAACGCUGGUAUUCAAACGCUCCCAUCCCGGGAAAGAAAAGCUUUUUUUCCAUUUUCACUACGCUAUUUUUUUCCCUCGCAAAAAAGAAAGUUUAUACGUUAAUAAUUCAACGCUUCGCCAAGACUCUCGCAUUCAAUGAGAAACCGCCGCUGCGGUCGAGGAGAUUCGUACAACUACAGUGCACUUAAAAAUUAUUUUUUAAGUUUUAUUAUUUUAUUUUAUUAAAUUAUAUUAUAUUAUUUUAUUAUAAUAUAUUAUUUUAUCAAUUAUAUAUUAUAUAUUAUUAUAUUCUUUUAUUCUUUUAUUAUAAUAUAUUUUAUUAUUUUAUUAUUGUAUUAUUGUAUUAUUUUAUUAUUUUAUUAUUUUAUUAUUUUAUUAUUUUAUUAUUUUAUUAUUUUAUUAUUUUAUUAUUUUAUUAUUUUAUUAUUUUAUUAUUUUAUUAUUUUAUUAUUUUAUUAUUUUAUUAUUUUAUUAUUUUAUUAUUACGAUCAAAAAUAAAUGGCAACAUUUGCAUUGCUAAAGAUUUGAACCUUUACAUUUUCUGCUCCACGGUGCCCCCUGCUGCUGUGGAGUCGUACAUUCAUGUGUUUACCAAUGAGUAUUAGAAUCGCGCGUAAAGGUUUAAAAAAAGUAUUUUUUUCAUAAUUUUCAUAAUUCAUAAGUCAUAAUUUCAUCUGUAAAAUGUCCAAAGUUUGUACACAUACAUUCAUGGUCUGAAAGUAGCAAUAUUAUGAGAAAAUGCCGUAAUGUUAAUUUUUUUUAUUCUGGGAAAUCGUUUUCUUGUAAUAUUACGCCAUUCACUGUAUUAUUGCUGCAAUAUUUACGUUUCUUGUUGCGUCUUUAUCGAAUAUUUUCAGAUAUUUACAAAAAUCUAUGUUCUUUUCAUAAUACAAUUUAAAUCUCGGAUAAUUAUGACGUUUGCUCAUAAUAUUGAAAUUGUUUGCUUUGGGAAAUUCCAGCUGGUUUUUAUGAUUUUUUUUUAUUGUAUCUUCUUUCCCCGGUAAUAUUUCUAUUUAUUAUUGUGACAUUAUGACCUUAAUUUCAUGGGGGGUGGCUUAAUAUUGAGUUAGACCCCCCCAAAACCAAACAAUGUACUUAAAAACUUAAUUCAGUUUGUUUUGUGUUAUUGUUUUGUGUUGCUGCCCCCUGCUGCUGUGGAGUGAUACAUCCGCGUCAAAACAAUGUUGUUUUUUUUGUUUUUUCAUCAUUUUCAUAAUUUGUAAUAAUCAUCUUUUCCUCUGGAAAAAAUGUCAAAAUUUCUCACGUAAACAUUUCUGCUCUGAAAGUAGCAAUAUUAUGAGAAAAUGUCGUACUGUUACUUCUUUAUUUUGGAAAAAAAAAAAGUUUUCUCGUAAUAUUCCCACUUCGACUGUAUUAUCCUAGCUAGGUUGACAUAAAACUGUUCUUUUCACGCCAAAUUACAAGUUUAAUCUUGGAAAAUUAUGACUUUUCCUUAUAAUAUUAAAAUGUUAUCUUUGGCAAAUUAUAUUUUUUGGUCCUGAUUUUCACUUUUGUAAAAUUGAUUUUAAAAAAAUGUUACAAAUGUAAGCUUUAUUUUGAUAACAGUGAUACAUUUGUAUCAAAUUCCCAUAGUAAUAUUUAUUCUUGUGAAAUUAGACCUUGUUCUCACUUAAUAGAAGUCGGAAAACAGGAAAAGAGAAACGUUAGCUAACAUUGACACACUCGCUACUCCACAUUUAAAAACGAAAUAUCAAAAGGAAAACAAUACAAUACAAUUUUAUUUUUACUGUUGGGGUUUGGUUGUUUUUUUUUUGUUUGUUUGUUUGUUUUAAGCUGGAAAUGACAAAAAAAAUUGUAAACAUUAAAAAAAUGUUUAUAGUUGCUAAGAUUUGCGCUACGGCUAAUUUUCUAAAUGUAAAAACAACAAAUUUUUGUGUUAUUUUUGCCAACCUUUUUGUGUCGUUUCCACCUAGAAGCUAACUAUUCAACAAAUAAAAUAUGUAUAAUUUUGUGAAUACACCCCGGCUAGAUAGUUAGCUAGCUGGCUAGAUAGUUAGCUAGCUGGCUAGAUAGUUAGCUAGCUGGCUAGAUAGUUAGCUAGCUGGCUAGAUAGUUAGCUAGCUGGCUAGAUAGUUAGCUAGCUGGCUAGACAGUUAGCUAGCUGGCUAGCUGGCUAGACAGUUAGCUAGCUGGCUAGCUGGCUAGACAGUUAGCUAGCUGGCUAGAUAGUUGGCUAGCUGGCUAGAUAGUUGGCUAGCUGGCUAGAUAGUUGGCUACAUAGUUAGCUAGCUAGCUAGCUAACCAGCCCCUGCUACCCUGAAAAUUAAAAUUAUGGUAUUCUUUAGCUUUUCUUGUUUUGAAAAGAAAGUUAGCCACUUUCAAACUUUAUUGGGACCCGCGAGGCCGCUAGCCAGCUAACUCCGCUGGGAUUAAACAAACCAGAUUAGCGGCUCAUUAGCCAACUUCAGACCAGCUCCGAGAUCAUAUUUUUGUCUUUUAUUUCCCAGAUCCAAGGUCGCUGCUUCAGUUUUGCUUUGCAGUUCAUUAGCAAGCUGCGGGAUGCUCUCUCCACUCAGCGGGUUUCCUUUCUUGGCUAAAUUCCCCAAAAAUGUCAAAGUGUAACUUGAGAGUACUUUAUCGCUAGCUAACGGUUGUCCUUUUUGCUUCUUUUAUUUCCUUUUCAGCAGGGCUACUAUUCAAAAGUCACUCACCCAACUCUCGUAGCGACGACAGGUUAAUUUUUUUAUUUUUAAGCUCUCUUCCAGAUGCUAAAUUGACUUUAAUUUAUUGAUUUUGUUCCUCCACGUCAGGGGUCGCAAACUCAAUUUACCUGGGGGCCACUGGAGCUAGGGUCUGGGCAAGGCUGGACCGCAUCAGGUUUUCCAAAAAAAAAAAAACGCAUUUAUUAAAAACAGAAAAAUAUACAAACUUUUUCAGUGCUUUAGUUCCAAUUUUCUACAAUAAAAGUCAUUCAGUCAUUUUAUUUAUUAUUUAGACAUUUAUUCUGGAAAAAAUACAAUUUUAUUCUCAUAAAUUUUAGCAUUAAUCCAGUAAAAUUAGGACUAUUUCCUCCUUUAGUCAUAUUUUCAUAUUUUUUUUAUAUUAUGCAAUACAAUUAUUUUCUUGAUAUUAUGUAAGACAAUUCUUGAAACAUCUUAAAAUAAUGUCUUUUUUUUGUUCUGAAAUAAAUUUCCACUUUAUUUUUUGUAAAUUAUGACUUUUAUCAAGUAAAAAUUGACUUUUUCGUCCUCUAGUCAAAUUACGGCAAUUUCAUUGCAAAUAUCACAAUAACAUGUUCACAAUGUACUUUUAUAUAGUGCGUAAUACUUUUCUUUUUUGCAGUACAUUUUUUUAACAAAAAAAAUCGACUUUAUUCAUCACAAAUUCUGACUUUAAUCUGGUCCAAAUCUUCCGACAACAAUAUCGCCACUUUACUUUCUUGGAAUAGAGACGGAAUGAAAUAAUAAUUUAAAAUCAUAAUUUCCUAGUAAAAGGACCACUUUUCAACGCAAACUAGAGAGCUAGCCACCUAAACGGUAGCCUUCAAGUUAUUUCCUUUAAACUUAAAUAGCCAAAAACUUACCACUUCCACACGGAUAGGGAGGAUAACUAUUAACAGUUAUUUAACCUUUAACAUGAACAUUAAUCAAACGUAAUAAUUUUUUCUGGGUACAUGAUACCAUAUUUUAAAAUCAUCAUUUCCGAGUAAAAGGACCACUUUUCAACUCAAACGUUGUCUUUGUUGUCGUCGUAUUUCUUUAGCGUUUGUCCCUAAGCGCUCCUCUGCUGUUGUUACGUCCGUUCGAGUCCAUUUUCAGUUUCUGUACGUGGAUUGUGAUCGCAGCCUCCUGUGGACUUUGUGCAUCAGGUAUGCGUGGACGUUUUUCCAAGCGAGCUACGCUGGAGAGAAGCAGCGCCCCCUUCCUCCUCCCCCCCUCCCCCUCCCCUUGGCCGUGCGCUUGAAGCUUUUUGUGUUUUAUUCUCUACGGCGAUGUCGGCCGAUUGCUCAAAGACAUUCUGACACAGAUCGUGAUCAUUUGCAGGGUAAACGUUUUCUUUUUCUUACACGAACUAACGCCACACUUGUAUGUUUUGCUUUUCUUCUUCUCCGAUCAAACGUUGGCUUAUAAUGAUGAUGAUGAUGAUGACAAUGAUGAUGAAGACCAUGUACAUGUUAACAAUAUCCAAAUGUGCGCUAUAUACGUAAGACUCCAUCAUAGAUCUUUGUAUUCAUGUGACUCUCUUAAGAAAAUGUCUUCAAACAAUCCCUAUGAGUUUGUGUCCUGUCUUAUCAAGAUGGCCGAUUUUCGGCAAUCGAUAAUCGGACCAAUUCAUUCAUUCAUUCAUUUUCUACCGCUUUUCCUCACAAGGGUCGCUUGGGGUGCUGGAGCCUAUCCCAGCUGUCUUCGGGCGAGAGGCGGGGUACACCCCGUACUGGUCGCCAGCCAAUCACAAGGCACAUAUAGACAAACAACCAUUCACACUCACAUUCAUACCUAUGGACAAUUUGGAGUCGCUAAUUAAC